AUGGGUCUGGCAUAUCAUCAAACAGAUUGUCCUCACUACAAAGUUGUUUGUGUUUGUCGUCCUGAGCCUGGUGUGGAUUUGUUUCAGAUUCAAGUCUACUCGUCUGAUACAAAGAAGUGGGAGAUUUCUUGCGAAUCUUUCUGUAUAGGUAAACCCGCGUUAUUCAGUCAUGGGGUUUACUGGAAUAGAGUUGUUUAUUGGGCUCCGUUUUCUGGCCCUGCGUUUUACUUUAAACUAGAUGUUGAACAGUUGCACAUGUUGCCCUUGCCGGAGGGCUCUGGGUCUUCCGAGAUAUUCAUAAUGUACUUUGGAGAAUCUAGAGGUCAUCUACAUUUAGUAGUAUACAAGAAUUACGAAGAUAAUUGUUUAUGCUUGAAUGUGUAUGAGAUGUUGAGCGAUCAUUCGGGUUGGUUUGUCAAGUAUCAACUACAGCUUGAUGAACUUCUGGGUUCUUUCCCGGAAAUGAUCUCUGAGUACACUUGUUAUUUUAAAGUCAUUGAUGUGGUUAGAGGCGAAGAAGAAGAAGAAGAAGAUACAUUCAUCGUUCUGAACACUGGCAAAAAGAUUAUAACAUACAACGUUCAUGACAAGAGUUUCAAGCAGGUUAGAGCAUUUGCUGCAUUCAGUCUGAUUGAUGUUAGCACCUUCUUGUUCCAAAAGCUCAGUUAG